UCUUGUUUCAAGUUUGGAUGAGUAAUCGUGAUGGAGUUACCAACAAGUGCAGAAUUACAGAACCGGGCCAAACCUGCCCCUCCACCGCCGCUGGGCCUUCUCAUCAGGGUAUUGGGUGACCCCUUCCUCCCCGCCCUUCGAAUCAAGUCUGUUUCCCCUGGAACGUGUUUUCGCGGCGGUGCCACGUCUUAGCCUCCAGCCCCAGCACGGCGGUGAAGGCUGGCAGCGAGGAGGCACCCAGGCACCACCACCCCCGCGCCACUAUAUAAGAGACAACUACCUCAGCGUGAGGUCACAGCUUUGCGCUCGUUCCCUCACUACCUCCUCGUGACGUCACUCUUGCUGAUGUUGCAGGGCACAUCGGUCACUUCCUCGUCACCUUUCUUGUUGCGUCCCUGCACGGCGUUCGUGCGUGAGGCGAGGAAGCCGUGCGUUCCUACCUUGAAGGCGCAACGUCUUGUGCAUGUGCCUCAGGUGCUGCGGCGGUGAUUGGUGGCCAGCUUCGUCCUCGACUAGAGGACUCACAAGGCAGUGCGUUGGUGUCCGAAAGCCUGUGAUACAAGAAGUGUUAAUUUAUAAACUGUUUCCAGGUGGAACUGAAAUUGUGAUCGAAUUAUGAUUCAAAAACAUUUAUAGUUUGAAGUGGGCGUGAUCGGCAACUGCAGGCAGACGAGUGCUCGGCCUUCAUGGACCUAGUGCAGCUUCAGUGGUCAGCGCUGCCCACGUCGAGCUGAUAGUAAGAUUUCCCUAAGCUUAAGUGAGAGAGACGGCGCACGUGAGAAGCGCACGCCAGUCCUGAUGUAGUCAACCGCGAGCAGGGAGAGCGCCGCAGGAAAGGACAGGAAGGCAAGUAGCGAGGCCAAGCGGAGUCGGUUCCUUGCCGCCAUGUCCACCAGGUGUUCCACGGAGAGGAGGAAGGUGCGGCAGCGGCGCCUGCGGAAGCGCCCCCUCGCAGCCUCCCCGUCGGCGUCUUCCUCCGCCACGUCGUCGACGGAGGAGGGUGGGACGUCCGCCGGACUCCUGUCGUCGCUCCGCUCGCGCCGCCAGCGUCGGCAGCAACCCAUGCAUGAGAUGUUGCAUGUGGCUCGAGAGUGCUCAAACAGGGAAGCAGGUGGUCGCCUUUUAACUUUCGGGGAACUCUGCCUCUUCACCACAGAGUUGCGACAAUGUUACGAAAAAGAGACUCCUGGGGCCAGCAUUCUUCAAAGUUGGGGUUGCCGUCGUAGCUUGUGGUUGUCUGGAUCUUAUACAGGUCCAGGGGACUGA